AUGUUUGAAGAUUCAGACAACAAUCUAUACCUCUUCACCUCCCUUACUGCGGGGUCAUCCCACAUCGUCACCGCAACGGCAACCCUGGAGCGGAUCCUCAAGGCCAACAAGCUACCUUUCCUGGCCAUUGAUGUCGCAACCAACGAUGUAGCCCGCAAGCUUUGGGGUCGUCGCGCCAAGGGCAAGAAGCUGCCGGGCCUAGUGAAAUUUGGCAGCGUUAUUGGGGAUCUCGAAGAGGUCGAAGACUGGAACGAAUAUGGCGAGCUCAGAAUGCAGAUCAACAACGUCCAGCCCAUGGAUAGCAUCUUCACCUCUGGCACGGUCGCGCAAUCCGAAUCCACCACUCCCGCCGUCUCUACGCCCACCACUGAAACUCCCGCCGUGAAGCAAAGUACCAUCAAGAUUCAGAGCCCCCCUGCAAAGGAGACUCCGAAGGAUGAGUCUGCUACAGCUGCCAUGCGCCUGGCCAGUGAGGAAGCUGCUGCCAAGGCCAAGGGUCACCCCACGAACGGCGACGCGAAGAAUACCACGAAGGCCAACAGCAGCACCGUGCCAGCAACUACUGCAGAGCAGAAGCCGACCGAGCCUACUGCGACGACGAGCGUGGACACUCCUGCUGGGAAGAAAGACACUGCAACUGGAACUGAGGCUAUCGAGAUACCCGCCACUGAGGAGACUAGACCCAAGCGACCGCCGUUGAUAGUCCCCGAGUUGGCUGCAGAGUCGUCUGCCAACAUUCGCGCGGAUGCCGCUGUGGUCGAGCACCAUCGGGGGUCGAUUGUCUCGGCCACCUCUCCCGAGGAGCAGGCCAAGGUCGCCCAUGAUCUGCGCAAGUCCAUCUCCGGUGGCCACCAGGAACUGCUGAACUCUCUCCGUGAGGAUGUUGCGGCCGGAGCCAACCAAGAGGAGACCAUCGAGGAAGAGCCCGAGGUUGGCGAGCAGAAAGAAGCGGCAUCGGCGACGGCGGAAGCCACCAAGGAUAGCAACUAG